CUGGGGCGGGUUCUUCUCUUUGGGGUUAGUGGGGGUGGUGUGUGUGUGUUUUAUGCUCAGCUGAAAAUGGCGGAUCGAAGCAGAUCGCUUUAACUUUAUCGCACAAUAACCAGGAUAACAAACUACAAAGCUAAAAAUAUGUAAGAUGGAUACAAAGUUCAGCAAUAACUUCUAGACGCCGCGCUACGGGAUAACAUACAGACCACAACAACCCAAUGAGUUAUUUCAGUUGGAAACUUAUCUCAAAAAUAAUACGUUAGCCAUUUUCCGAUUAGGAAGCUAACGUUAGCGCAAUGAUGGCUAACUAGCUAACGUUCCGUGAAUGAAGACGCUAACGUCAUGGAAGACCAAAACCCCCGUUACAGCAAGCGCUUGCGUACGGGGACGCGGCGGCGCUACCUCGAUGACGGGAUCUCGGACGAUGAGAUUGAGGGGAAGAGGACCUUUGACCUGGAUGAGAAGCUGCAGAGUGACCGGUUCAACUCCAACCUGGUUAAACACAUGGAGGGAAAAGACUUCACGUUCGAGUACAUCCAGAGGGAGGGGCUGAGAGACCCUCUGAUCUUUGAGAAAAAAGACGGCCUCGGCUUAGAGAUGCCAGACUCUGAUUUCAGUGUGAGUGACGUCAAGCUGUUUGUGGGCAGUCGGAGGAUGGUCGACGUUAUGGAUGUGACCACUCAGAAGGGCAUCGAGAUGUCCAUGGCCCAAUGGCGGCGGUACUACGAGACCCCGCCUUCGGAGCGAGAUAAGCUCUAUAACGUCAUCAGCCUGGAGUUCAGUCACACCAAGCUGGAGAACCUGGUGAAACGACCCGCCUCGGUGGAUUUGAUCGACUGGGUGGACAACAUGUGGCCAAGGCACCUGAAGGAGCGACAGAGAGACUCAACCAACUCCAUCAUAGACAUGCAGUAUCCCAAAGUGCAGAAGUACUGUCUGAUGAGUGUCCAGGGCUGCUUCACAGACUUCCACGUUGACUUUGGUGGUACAUCGGUCUGGUACCACAUCCUGCGGGGGGGCAAGGUGUUCUGGCUGAUCCCACCCACACCCCAGAACCUGGAGCUGUAUGAGGACUGGGUGUUGUCAGGGAAACAAGGGGACAUCUUCCUGGGAGACAAGGCUCGGGACUGUCAGAGGAUUGAGCUGAAGCAGGGCUAUACCUUCAUGAUCCCCUCUGGUUGGAUCCAUGCUGUGUACACCCCUGAGGACACGCUGGUGUUUGGGGGAAACUUCCUCCACAGCUUCAACAUCCCCAUGCAGCUCAACAUCUACAACAUCGAGGACCGCACUCGAGUCCCGGCUAAGUUCCGAUACCCCUUCUACUAUGAGAUGUGCUGGUACGUGCUGGAGAGAUACCUCUACUGUCUGACUAACACCUCUCACCUCACCCCUGAGUUCCAGAAGCACUCGCUUGGUGUUGGUCUGACUCGAGACUCCUCGGAGAACAAACUCAACGGCCACGUGAAAAACGGCACGUCGGAGGAGAAUAAAGACAGAGACGAUGAUGAGGAAGGAAAGGAGGAGGAAAGGGAGAGCAAGGUCAAAAUGGAAGAGAGCGAUGAGGAUGUCUCCCCCACUCUGGGUGCCACUAAGCUGGGGGUGAGGGUAAACCUGACCCCCCUGGAGCUGGAGGGGCUGUGGAACCUGCUGGGGAAGCUGGAGGAGCUGCCAGCCCACAAGAAGUGUGUCCCCGCAGGCAUCCGCAACGCCCCCGCCCUGCUCCACGACAUACGGGCUCUUCUGGAAGACCACCGCAACGACGACCCCAAGCUGUCUUACACUGGGAAGCCCAUCGUCAAGUGGCCCAAGAGGCCGUCGUGGUACCGGCCCCCUUCCCCCUCGCCGGUGGACCGCCCGCGCCCGGCCACGCCCCACAAGCCCGCGGUCCCGCGCCCGGCUCGGGCUGCCACCUCACUCUCGGCCCUGAGGCGGCGGCGCGUGCGCUGCAAACGCUGUGCGGCCUGCCAGAGGGAGGAGUGCGGGGAAUGCAACUUCUGCAGAGACAUGAGGAGGUUCGGAGGACCCGGGCGCAUGAAGAAGGGCUGCAUGAUGCGGCAGUGUCUGGCUCCUGGCCUGCCCAACUCGGCGGUGUGUGUUCUCUGUGGAGAGGGCCAGGGGAAGCAGGAGCUGGCGGACGCUAGCCCAUCCUCCACAACCCUGAUGGAAUGCUCCAACUGUGCUCAGAUCGCCCACCCCGACUGCAUCAAGGUGCCAGGGGAGGGCAGGAUCAACAAGGACCUGCCCAGCUGCUGGGAGUGUCCCAAAUGUUACCAGGACAAAGAUGGCUCCUCAUCAGAGUCGUCCAGCAGUGAUGAGGACAGCAUGGCGUCUACAGGUUCUCUCACUACGUCAAAGCAUGCCCACCGGGAAGGGAUAGGAGUAGAGGAGGCAGGAGGUGGGGUGAGGAAGGGGCGACGUGGCAGACCCCCACUGGCGUCCUCUCUGUCCCAGCGGAGGGCGCCCCCUCCCUCCCAGCGGCUACUACUGCAGCAACAACAGAACAGGAAGAGAGCCGGCGCACUGGAGCUACGACUCCGGAAGAGUAUCAAACUGGAGCGCAGCAAAAUCUUCCAGUCGAAGCAGACGUCAUCUCUGGAGCGUUCUCACAAGCUCCUGGGCUCCCAGCGUCUGGCCCACCUCCAGAGAGGGGUGUCCUCUCGCCUUCACUCCCCCGUCGGCAGACUGUCCCGGGGCCGUGGGUCCUUCAGAGGCUCCCCUACAGGGGCACGACUCCAGCCCCCCCAACCCUCCCUCAGCCUGGACCCCGCAGGCAGGGGAGAUGGGCGCAGGGGGCAAGGGCGAGGAGUAAGGCUCAGAGGAGGAGCAGCAGGAAGAGGACAGAGACACGGUGGAGCAGAGGAAGAGAGUGAUAGCAGUACCAGCAGCAGCAGCAGCAGCAGUAGUUGUAGUAGUGAUGAGGAGGAGGAGAACGGCGUGCGGAGUGGCAGAGGGGACAAAGAAAACCGUCCGCAGAGACGAGUAACAGCCAAAGAAGAUGAGGGGAGUGGGGAGUCCAACCAAAACGAAGAAGAGGAGGCGGUGAUGGAUGAAGACUGGAGGGAAGGAGGACAGGCACAGGCGGAGCCACCGGUCCUCGUAGUUUCUGACAUUAGCGACGACCUCAUGAAGGGCUCGUAUCUCACUGUGACCCUGCAGCCGUCGAGGGCCAAACAUGAUCCAGGGGCCAUCGUCCCCAAACUGGAGGCUGCAGUCACCCCCCGCCCUGCUCCUCCCGGACAGAUUUACACACAACGCAAGAAUCUUGCCCGACCACCACUCAGGAACCACGCCCCAGACCCUGCACGCUCAGAUAGACACACACACAUCCGGGGAAGCAACAUACACACUGGCGGCUCCCAUGAAGACGAGAGGAGAACGAGGCCGGGCAGACCAGAGAGGACAAACAAUGGUGCUUCCUCCUCCCGGGUUCCUCCUCUACACCUCCCUCUGUCGGCUUUACACGAUGGGGAGAGGGAGCUGGCGAAUGGAGGGAGCGAACCGGGCUGUGAGAGGGAGGUGUGGGUAUCAGUCUUCCGUUACCUGACUCGUGCUGAGCUCUGUGUCUGCAUGGCCGUCUGCAAGAACUGGUACAAAUGGAGCCUGGAUAAGAGGCUGUGGAUGAGGAUCAAUCUGACCGUCUCUAAAGCAAUCAGUCCUCAGGCCCUGUCGGGCAUCAUCAAACGCCAGCCAGUCGCUCUGGACCUCUCCUGGACCUCCAUCUCCAAGAAACAACUCACGUGGCUCGUCAACCGCCUGCCAGGGCUGAAGGAUCUCAUGUUGUCUGGGUGCUCCUGGUCUUCUAUUUCGGCUCUGAGCUCGACCAGUUGCCCCCUCCUGCGCACGCUGGACCUGCGCUGGGCCGACGGGGUGAAAGAUGGACAGAUACGAGACCUGCUCAACCCCCCAGGGUGUGAUAACCGCAGUCAGCUGAGGAACAUGCAGUCUUUCCGUCUGGCAGGGCUGGAGAUCAGUGACUCCACUCUGAGGCUGGUGAUCAGACACAUGCCCCUGUUGACCCGUCUGGACCUGUCCCACUGCGGAGGCCUCACGGACCAGUCCAUCAACCUGCUCACUGCCGUGGGCUCCUCCACACGCAACACACUCACUGAGCUCAACCUGGGGGGCUGCAGUAAGCUGACAGAUGCGUGUCUGUGGUACCUCCGCCGGCUCUCCUGCCUCUCCCUGCUGGACCUGCGGGAAUGCAAGGGUGUCUCCCGCAAAGCCUGCGAGGCCUUCAUCUCGGAGCUGUCCGUCAACACCCUCUACUGCCUAUCAGAGGACAAGCUGAUCCAGAGGAUAUCCUAGAGGCCCGCCGCCUCUGUCUGGGACAGAGAAAAGAGAAAAGACUGUAGAAGAAGGACAAGGGAGGCCUAAAAAUCCCCCACACUCUCAGAAGGGAGUAGGAGAGUGAUUAGUUACUACACACUUAGUGGGAGAAGGGUUUCUUUCCAUGUUGUAUACAUUUUUUUGACUAAACCAGACAAGACUCAGGUGUUUGCGCUCAGGCGCCGACGCUACGUGAUUAAAGUGGGGAGGUCGGGGGGUUCCCGUGAAGGUGGCUGGGGGUGCUAGGUGUCAUGCCCGACAGGGUUCCCUCCUUACCCUAGUGGUUCUAAGUGCUUUAUGACAGGCCGUCUCUAACCCAAAAGGUGUUGGUUGUGGACUAACUCUUCCAGGAGUACUUUGGUCAGGUCGCCCCAUCCUGAGACAGAGGGGUGCGCCUAUGAGGGAUUCAGGGACGGUGCGAGAGGGCAAUCGACGUGAUGACGAGACCAAAACCAGGGCAUGAAUGAAAGGGAGAAAGGGGGGGUGACAGGGUGCGCUCUCAAACAACAGUUAGAAUUCAGGUGCUAUCACUCCCAAAACUCUCCCUGUUUUGUACAAAUAUGAAUCUAGGACAACUGUCUAUUUUAGGAAAUGCCCCUCACCCCACUUUGAUGCAUUUUCUGUUUCCCAUGGAUAAAAUGUGAGUUCCUUUCCGUUUCACCUGAUAAGAUUCAGUGUAUAAAUGUAUGAUUUGCGGUCAUUAUUCUGCCCUGUUACCAUUCAACCUAGUGCUUCUAAUGGAUACUUAUUUCUUACCCACCUCACUGCCAAAUCUAAAAAGAAUAUAAAUAUAUACUUUUGUCUAAAUGUUUCCCUAUUUUAGAAGACGAAGAGAAAAUCCCGUAGCAUUGUAAUUAUUUUCAGAAAUCUUUUUCACUUAUGUUAUUAUUAUUAUUAUUAUUAUUUUUUAGAAAAUUAAAAAUUAAAGAUCAACUGUG